AUGUCUCGUGAAAGCCUUCUCUCUGCUUCAGCGGUAACCAAUAAGGCAAUGUCUCAUUCUCAUAAACUCGAAAUCACGGCCAUAUCGGCGGAGAGUCUCGUGUACGGUGGAAAACCGGUGAAGAAGAACGCCUUCGCUGCCUUCGAAAUCGCCGGGAAUAAUUGGAGCCAGUCAAUGACGACGAGAGUCGACGAGGUCGGAGGGAAUUAUCCGAUGUGGGAAGAGAAGCUAGAGAGUGAGUUUUCGUCGGGGACAGAAGCGGGUUUCAUGUACGUCCGGGUGUAUUGCCGGCCUUCCGGGAAGGAUCAACACGUGGGAACCGCACGCGUGCCGGUCAAGGUAUUUACGGGAGAAUAUGCGCCCGAGGGAUUUCUGCACUGCCUGAGUUACAGAUUGUGGGACGGUUGCGGAAAUAGGAACGGGAUUGUCAAUUUCUCGGUGAGGGUCUUGCCGAGAAAGUCUGAUAACGGAUUUUCCGGUGUGCGUCCGUUUUGGUUAAGGUAG